ACUGUGAUUCCAGUUGUUUUCACAUCGUCCACACUAACAAAGAGAGUCAGAGCUACGGUCUCUUUCAUCUUAGAGUUAAUGUGGUAGGUGACGCGCAACAAACGAUCAACGGUCCAUACAGCGCGGAGAGAAGAAGAGCCAAAAUACACCUUGCUCUCAAGAAUAGAAAAUAGGGAAAAGUUUGAAAAGCUUCAGGCGGACUUGAUAGAACAUAAAGGGCGAAAAUGGUGUCGGCCGGACUGGAAAUCCUGGGACUUGCUCUGUGCGUAAUUGGCUCGCUCCUAGUGAUGGUUUCAUGCGGGCUGCCCAUGUGGAAGGUGACGGCUUUUAUCGAAGCCAACAUCGUGGUGGCUCAAUAUAUCUGGGACGGCUUAUGGAUGUCGUGUGUAGUGCAGAGCACGGGGCAGAUGCAGUGCAAGGUGCACGACUCUAUCCUCGCCCUCAGCCACGACCUGCAGGCGGCCAGAGCGCUCACCAUUAUCUCCGCUGUGAUGGGCGUGCUGGGGCUCAUGGUUGUCAUCGCGGGUGCGCAGUGUACCAACUGCAUCCGCGCCGAGUACGUCAAAGCCCGGGUGGUGAACGCCGGCGGUGUCAUCUACAUAAUCAGCGGGCUGUUUGUGCUAGUGCCGAUCUGCUGGAUGGCCAACAACAUCAUCACGGACUUCUACAACCCGCAGGUGCCUUCAUCCAAGAAGAGGGAGAUCGGCGCCGCGCUCUACAUCGGCUGGGCAGCCUCAGCGCUGCUGCUGAUCGGUGGAUCGCUGCUGUGCUGCUCCUGUCCCUCCAGUGGGAACUCUGGAUACUCUGUAAAGUACGCACCAACCAAGAGGGCAACGCAGAACGGGGACUAUGAUAAAAGGAAUUAUGUGUAGCCGUUUGGCUUACAUCAGGAGGUGCGUAAAAGUGACUUAGGAUCUUUUGAAAAACUGUUUUUGACGAACGUUAUCUUUUGCACCUGCUGUUUUUGUUCUAUAGAUCGUGAAAAUCAUUGAAAACACCUCUGCUGUUUUUACACUGGCUCUUCCUUAACACACUCGGACCACAACUUUUUUUUUGUGUGGAUCUUCAAGAGAUUAAAAAAUAAGACUGUCAACCACAAGAGGUAGCUCAAGGCAAAAGGAGUAUCUUAUAAGGUACUGCUUUUGUGAUCUGAAAUUAUCAUUAGCAUUUUGAGUUGUGUACUGUUGUAACUGCAAAGAUUUUAUUUUCUAGAGGAACUUUUGCCAUUGAAUAUUUACACUUCUUUUUACCGUGAUGUGCAUUGUCAGCACAUACUUGUACAGUAACUGAGAAUGAUUGCACUCCCACAAAGAACCAAUUCCUUCAGUUGCGAGAUGUUGAGCACUCCAACAAUGUCCAAGAGCGACAAAGAACGAAGAAGAAGAAAAGUGUAUCUCGGACUGGCUUUUGUGUUGCUUGAGACCGGAGACUUUUCAAGUUUUGCAGUUAAAUUUUGGACCUGUAGGGUCUCUGAUACUGGAUCUAAAGGUCCCAACGUGAAAAGUUACCGUAUGUUUUUCGGCUGCACUGAACACCUGCGACGUUUUUGCAUCAUCGACACUGCAGGAAUUCUUUUUCUUUUCAAAACAUUUUAGGAAUAAACGUUUUUUCCUCUGUUUUUUUUUUUUUUUUCUAUGUAAUGAUUCAUUAUUCGUGUAUGAAGAUGCAAUAUUGUUUCAUUUUAUUAAGAUUAAACUGAGUAUAUUGUCUGAAA